AUGACCCUCAUGGGUAAAACAAUUGAAGAGACAUAUCAGAAAAAGACACCGAAAGAACAUAUUCUUCUUAGACCAGAUACUUACAUUGGUGCCAUAGACAAGGAUGUGCAGCAGAUGUACGUCUGGGAUGAUGAAAAAAAGAAAGUUGUUUGCAAGUCAGUCAGCUAUGUUCCGGGUCUCUACAAGAUUUUCGAUGAAAUACUGGUAAAUGCAGCUGACAACAAGAUGAGAGACCCAAAGAUGAACAUCCUGAGAGUGGAUAUAUCAAAGGAACAGAACCAAAUUUCAAUUUUCAAUAAUGGAAGCGGUAUACCUGUGAAGAUACACGCAAAGGAGAAUGUAUACGUUCCUGAACUCAUCUUUGGUCACCUUCUUACUGGAAGUAACUACGACGAUAACGAAAAGAAAAUUACAGGCGGUAGAAAUGGAUAUGGCGCCAAGCUGUGCAACAUCUUUUCCACCGAAUUUAUAGUAGAGACUGCGGACAAGUCAGUUAAAAAAAAGUAUUACCAAAGAUUCACGAAAAACAUGGAUAAUACCGAAGAACCAAUUAUUGAGAGGUAUACCGGGGAAGAGUUUACUAAAAUCACAUUUAAACCUGAUCUGAAAAGAUUCAAAAUGGCGGAACUUGAAGAUGACAUCAUUUCUCUUUUAAAGAAACGUGUAUAUGACAUGUGUGGUACCUUGAAGAGUGUAAAUGUGUACUUAAAUGGUGAGCUUCUUCCAGUUAAAAAUUUUAAGGAGUAUAUUAAACUAUAUCUUCACAAUGAAGAACAAGUUGUUCACUCAAUCGUGAAUGGGCGUUGGGAGGUCGGAUUUGCUGUGUCUGAGGAUCAGUUCAACCAGGUCAGCUUUGUUAAUAGUAUUUCUACAUCAAAGGGAGGCACACAUGUAAAUCACGUAAUGGAUCAGCUGAUUGAUCCUAUAACAGAGGCUAUUAAAAAGAAAGAUAAAAGUCUUGAUGUCAAACCUAUUCAUAUAAAAAAUAACAUAUUUAUUUUUAUUAACUGUCUCAUCGAAAAUCCGGCUUUUGACAGCCAAACCAAGGAAAACCUGACACUGAAAGUUUCUUCAUUUGGAUCAAAAUGCUUACCUAUUGAAUCGUUUGUCAAGGAUAUUAUCAAAAAUACUCCGCUAGUUGAGAAAAUUGUUUCAUUUUCCAGAGCCAAGCAAUCUGCACAGUUGAAAAAGACUGAUGGAACAAAGACGUCACGUCUCAGUGGAAUACCUAAGCUUGAAGAUGCAAAUCUAGCAGGUACGAAGCGAUCGCAGGAAUGUACUCUUAUUCUCACAGAGGGAGAUUCGGCCAAAACACUGGCUGUUGCUGGAUUAUCAGUAGUAGGCAGAGACUUGUAUGGCGUCUUUCCUUUAAGAGGUAAAUUAUUGAAUGUUAGAGAAGCUAAUCACAAACAAAUUAUGGACAACUCUGAAAUAUCGAGUAUUAAGAAAAUCCUUGGAUUGCAGCACGGGAGGAUAUAUGAAGACACAAGCACUCUAAGAUACGGACAUAUUAUGAUUAUGACAGAUCAGGAUCAUGAUGGUUCCCAUAUCAAGGGAUUGAUUAUUAAUUUUCUUGAUCAUUUUUUCCCGUCGCUUCUCAAGAUUAAGAAUUUUCUCCUCGAAUUUAUCACGCCAAUUAUCAGGGCCACCAAGAAAGGUGUUACGCAGGAUUUUUUUACAAUUCCUGAAUAUGAAAAAUUUAAGGCAGAAAACGAGGGAUGGGCAAUAAAAUACUACAAAGGUUUAGGUACAUCGACCUCCAAAGAUGCAAAAGCAGUAUUUUUCAGAUCUUCCAAAGCAUGUUAA